UGUAAUUUUAUCCUCUAUCAGAAUGGGGGCCGUCGGCAGCAAAGAGCCAGGUGGUUUUGAGUAAACCGCGUGCUCGUUUAAACCUGCCAAACUUCAUGCAUGCCCGAAAACCACCAGCGCCGCAGAAGCCCUCCACUGCCUCCGGUUUACCAUUGUCUUCAUAUAAGCAUCACUCCCGGCUCAUCCAUUUCUUCAAUCCACAAAAUUUACUUGAAUACUCCAUUCACUACCAAUCACAGAUCUGCCUAAUUGUUUUAUUUCAUCGAGUACUUCGAUCAUCAAAGACGAUGAGUUCAGCGAGCAGGGCAUGGAUGGUGGCAGCCACAGUUGGGGCAGUGGAGGCGUUGAAGGACCAGGGGUUCUGCAGAUGGAACUACGCCCUCAGAUCCAUCGCCCAACGGGCCAACCACGAUUUCAGGUCAUUUGCUCAGGCCAGGAAGCAAUCUUCUUCUUCUUCAUCUUCUUCUGCUAUGGUUUCCAACAACAAAAGAUUAAAGAGGGAAGAGAGGGGGAAGCAAUCGGAGGAGUCGUUAAGACAAGUCAUGUACUUGAGUUGUUGGGGUCCCAAUUGAUCCCACGACCACCAAGAAAUAGAAUGGAGCCCUAUGAAAUUUUUUUUUUUUUUUUUUAAUCUCUGCAGCUCAACUGGGCACGGCGCCUUCGUGUAGGAGUGACUAAAUUCGCAGCUGUAAAAUAUGUAAAAUUUGUAGUAUGACUGCUGGAAAAUGGAAAUUUUGAAUAUUUGUGUUCCAAA